CUCAACACGACGUCAGCCAGACCGUGGACACUUUCUGCCCCCUAAAAAUUAAUUCAUACAGUGAAAUGUAAAGACCCACGAAACGUAGACCUCCUUGUUUGAGGCAACCGCUGCGGGUUUGGUUCGUAGGAGACCGGCGGCGGUGCGAACAGGAGUGCCGGUGUGUCCUAAAUGAACGUGCCGGGGAUUGAAGUGGAGACAACGGAGGACUGGGCUGAUGCUGGAGAAAAACCAGGGUACUGACAACAGCGGUGGCACUGGGAGUAGACACAGUGAACACAAGGGCUCGGGUUAGCCAUAUUAGAAAGAGAAAGAGUUUGGGGCCAUUUGUACGAGAGCGACAUCCGCACUUUGAAGAGACGAACUUCACUGUCGCCGUCGCCUCGAUGCUGCGUGCUGCUGGGCUGAAGGAGUGAAGGAGAUGCGCGGUGUAACAUGGAUAUCCGAGAAGGGAUAAACACCAACAAACACCGCAGGGGACGUAAACAGAAGAACGGUGAAAGUGCUGAAAAGGACAAAGCCAGGAUUCUACACACCUGUGAUUGGAUGUGAGCUUGUAUUGACCUGAGACCAUUAAAAUGGAGUUGCUAUGGAAACUUAUACUGCUACUGUCAUUGGUGGAGUGCCUGGCAGGAAGUGGAGUCCUGCUGAGGCCUGUGUUCACCAAACAACCCGGCAGUGUGGUGUUUCCCCUUCAACCUGGCGAGAAUCGCAGAGAGGUGGUGUUUAGCUGUGAGGCCCAGGGACACCCACCACCCUUCUACAGGUGGAAGCUAAAUGACUCUUUCAUCCUGCCCAGACCAGGGUCACGCUAUUCUCUCAUGGGAGGAAACUUACACAUCAGCCAUCUGAAUAAAGAGGAAGAUGUUGGCAUCUAUCAGUGCCUGGCAUCAAACUCUUUUGGCACCAUUGUCAGCAGAGAGUCCAGUCUGCACAUUGCAUACUUGGAGAACUUCAAGACUCAGAGAAGAAGUCCAGUGAGGGUUCGUGAAGGUCAAGGAGUGGUCUUACUGUGUGGCCCACCACCCCACUCUGGAGAGCUUACCUUCACAUGGAUCUUCAAUGAGUACCCAUCGUUUGUCAUCCAGAACACACGACGAUUCGUGUCCCAGAAGACAGGCAACCUCUACAUCGCCAAAGUGGAAUCCUCUGAUGUGGGAAACUACACUUGUGUAGUCACCAAUACAGUCACCAAAAGCAGUGUUCAAGGACCACCAACACCUCUAGUGCUGCGGGUUGAUGGUGUGAUGGGUGAAUAUGAGCCAAAGAUCGAAGUGCAGUUCCCAGAAGUUGUUCCUGUCGCUAAGAGCUCAACUGUCAAGCUGGAAUGUUUUGCACUUGGAAACCCAGUGCCAACCAUCAGCUGGAGAAGAGUGGAUGGAGCCUCUUUUGGCAGGAAGGUGGACAUAAAUAAAGCAAGCGGAGUUUUAGAGAUCCCUUACUUUCAGCAGGAGGAUGCGGGGAUAUAUGAAUGUGUGGCUGAAAACAGCAGAGGAAGAAACUCGGUUAAAGGAAAGCUGUCUUUCUAUGCUGCACCUCACUUGACUGAGAAGCCUCAAGAUGUUCAGAAGACCAUUGAUGACACUCUGGUAUGGGAAUGCAAAGCCAGCGCCAAGCCCAAACCCUCUUACCGCUGGCUGAAGAACGGAGAGCCUCUGGACCCUAUGGAGCAGGACAGAGUUCAGGUGAAUAAUGGAGUGCUGACAAUCAGUAGCUUAAAUCUGGCUGACAUCGGCAUGUACCAGUGUGUAGCAGAGAACAAGCACGGAAGAAUCUUCACCAACGCUGAGCUCCGAGUCAUAGCCAUCGCUCCAGACUUCUCACAGAACUUGUUGAAGGCCCAAACUCUGGCCCGACAGAGUGGCGACGUCCUGAUCGAAUGCAAGCCCAGGAUGUCUCCUCGGGGUGUGAUUUCAUGGAGGAAGGGAAAGGAAGCCUUGAGAGAGAGCCACAGAGUUACUGUGAUGGAUAGCGGAAGCCUACGUAUUUCCAAUGUUUCUAAAAUGGAUGCUGGACUCUACACGUGUGUAGCCAGAAACCAGUUUGGAGUAGCAAGCAGUGCUGGCAGCCUUUUGGUUAAAGACCCAACCGUGAUCACUAGUCCAGCAGGGCAUCUGGAUGUGACUGUGGGUGAGAGCAUUGUGCUGCCCUGCCAGGUAUCACACGACCCCACACUGGACCUCAAGUUCACCUGGUUCUUCAAUGAGCAGCUCAUCCACUUUGGAAGUCACGGGGCUUAUUUCGAAAAAGUUGGUGGGCGCUCGGCUGGUGACAUCAUGAUCCGGAACAUUCAGCUGAGGCAUGCUGGGAAAUAUACGUGUGCAGUACAGACCAAGGUGGACAGUGUGUCUAUUGCCACUGAUGUGGUAGUCAGAGGUCCCCCAGGCCCCCCUGUGGACUGCCAGGUGACUGAGAUGACAGAGACUACUGCUGCUCUGUCCUGGGGACCCGGGAUGGACAACCACAGCCCCAUCCUCAGCUACACCAUCCAGGCCAGGACGCCCUUCUCUCUUGGGUGGCAGGCUGUUACCACUGUUCCUGAGCUGCUCGGGGGGAAGCAGCUGUCAGCCACUGUCAUUGACUUGAGUCCCUGGGUGGAGUACGAGUUCAGAGUCCUGGCAACCAACACCAUAGGAACAGGAGAGCCCAGCAAACCCUCCAAAAAGGCCCGCACCAAAGAAAUGCUUCCCAGGGUGACUCCAGCCAGAGUGAAUGGUGGUGGUGGAGGACGUUCAGAGCUUGUCAUCACUUGGGAGCCUGUUCCUGAGGAGCUGCAGAGCGGUCCAGGUUUCGGCUAUGUGGUGGCUUUCCGCCCACUCGGGGCACAGGGCUGGAUGCAAGCUGCUGUCACGUCCCCGGACGCCUCAAGAUACGUCUUCAAGAAUGAGAGCAUCCCUCCCUUCUCCCCUUACCAAGUCAAAGUUGGGGUUUACAACAACAAGGGAGAAGGCCCUUUUAGUCCAGUGACCACCAUCUACUCAGCGGAGGAAGAGCCCAGCAGAGCUCCAGGGAGGCUGAGGGCGAAGAGUGUAUCAGCAUCCGAGGUAGAGGUCACCUGGAAGCCGCUGGCCUGGAGCAACAGCCGCAGACGCAUCCUGGGCUAUGAGUUGCGGUACUGGGGUGAGAAAGAGAAGCAGGACACAGCCAGUGUGAUUAGGACGGUGGGGAAUAAAACUUCAGUACUCAUCAGGGAUCUGGAGGGCAGCAGUAUCUAUUACAUGUCCCUGAGGGCCUAUAACAGCGCUGGAGUGGGUCCACAGAGCAGCAUAGUCAAUGUCACUACCAAGAAACCACCACCUAGUCAAGCCCCAGUCAAAAUCAUGUGGAACACAUCCAACUCCAAGGUCAUCCUGAAGUGGGACCAAGUCCACGCUCUGGAGAAUGAGUCAGAAGUCACAGGAUAUAAGGUAAUGUACAGCCAGGACAAACACAGCCGUCCCAGUGUGGUGGAGACCAACACCACCUCUUUGGAGUUGUCACUGCCGGUCAACCAAGACUACGUCAUCCAGAUUAAACCCUUCAGUGAGGGCGGGGAAGGCAGCAGCAGCCGCCAGAUUACCAUCCCCAAGAUAGCAGGCUCCAUAGCCAUGGGUGCAGCUCCAGAGUCCUCGGCAUUUCCCUUGGUCAACCUCGCAGCCCUGAUCCUCACAGCAAGGAGUGUACUAUGACAAACAUCUGCAGGAACCAGGCACUACAGCUGCUUAUUAAGAGGAGAAACAGCAGGUCAGAGACAACAAGAGGCUGACAGCCGCAUCCUCACCUGCUCCCUUCCCUACCCUACUGUGUCUUUCCUCUUCUUUCUACAAAGAUCUCUUUGUGAAGAAGUCUCUUUUUUCCUCCACCUUUCUAAAGGAGUUACUGAAAGGAACUGGCUCUUUCAGAAGUUGCUUUUACGGAACUGAAAGGACACCGUGACUCGACUGCAGUCUCUUUGAAGAUAUUUUUUUUCUUUGCUCUGUUCUAACUAAUGGAUAUUCUCAAAUAGUCACCUUGGAGGCCCGGUGGUGUGUGAUGCACAAUAGGAUAUGUCUAUGUUUUCUCCGGGUGGACUGUGCAGGUUCUGCUAAACGGAUAUGUGUGUACCACUGGACUUUUCUUGGACAAUGGAAUUUUAUCUAUGGCUUAUUGGAGAUGGAGGAAAUGUAAACACUGACACAGCUCAUACCUAAAUGAGUGAAGUUAUAUUUAAGCUUGGUUUAAGAUGAGAAAUGGUUAAAGUGGUUUCCCUCCUCUCUUUGGACUGUCUUUGGGAAAGUUUCUGCACUGUCUAUGAAAGAAAACCAACUGUUACUAAUCCCUGCCAAAAAAAAACAGGGAGCUAAGCCUCAUUGCUUUAUGACAAACCAGAGUUUGGGACCUUUGUAACUUUGCCUGGAUUUUAUUCAUGCUUUUACGUUGCACCACAUUACAUCAAAACCUCAGAGUUGCCAUGAAAUGGACUGGAACCAAAGGUAUUGAGCCAA